AUGACACCCGAAUGGCAGGGAAAACUCUUCGAGCCGCACGACGAGGACGAUAGGGCGUACAACACGGCGCUCGUCCUCGCUCACACGGCGCAAAAAGGGGUGCAAGCCGGCGCGCUCCUGUCCGUCCCGGUGCUCUCGCUCGCUUACAUCGUCCACAGCCGGAAAACGGCCGCAGCCGCAGCCGCAGCCGCAGCAUCCGCAAGCGCACGCCCGACACUCGUUCCAUUCAUUAUGCGCCGGGUCCCGCGCUUCGCGCUCGUGACGACGCUGGUGGCGAGCGCGAUGGGCCUGGGGCGCUGCGUGUGGCUCACUCACCCGCAUGAAGUGUUCGAUCGCGCGUACCGCGUUGCGCACAACGAGAGCCAGCAGCGCGCCGACCGCUGGUUUGCAACGGGCGCUGGCGCGGGCGCCGGUGCUGUACUUGCGGUGCGCCGAGGUCCGAUGCGGAUGGUGCUCGGCAGCGCGCUCCUCGUCGGCGCCGCCAGCCUACUGGUGCAUGUCGCCACAUGGAAAGAACCCCAAGCAGCCCCGAGAAGCGGACAAGCCAAAGAGUUGUUGCCCGUUGCCAACAAAUGA